GUUCGGAAGCUCUGGGGGCCGGUGCGGCGGCUUCAAGAUGGCGGCGGCGGUGGCGGCUGCGGCGGCUGCGGCGGCCGCGGCUGCGUCUCUCCAGGUGCUGGAGAUGGAGAGCAUGGAGACUGCCGCCAUCGGUUCGGCGAGCCUAGCUGCCGAUAUCCGAGGAGGUAGCACGUUGGACUUCGGGCCCGGGAUCUCUGCUAUGGAGGCGAGCGGGGGCGAUCCAGGCCCAGAGGCCGAGGACUUCGAGUGCAGCACUCACUGCUCCGAGCUGUCCUGGCGGCAGAACGAGCAGCGGCGGCAGGGCCUGUUCUGCGACAUCACCCUGUGCUUCGGGGGGGCCGGAGGUCGCGAGUUCCGCGCCCACCGCUCGGUGCUGGCCGCCGCCACCGAGUACUUCACGCCCUUGCUCUCCGGCCAGUUUUCCGAGUCGCGCUCCGGCCGGGUGGAGAUGCGCAAGUGGAGCUCGGAGCCGGGACCCGAACCUGACACGGUGGAAGCCGUUAUCGAGUACAUGUACACCGGGCGCAUCCGAGUGAGCACCGGCAGCGUGCACGAGGUGCUGGAGCUGGCCGACAGAUUCUUACUGAUUCGUUUAAAAGAAUUUUGUGGAGAAUUUCUCAAGAAAAAACUUCAUCUCUCAAAUUGUGUGGCCAUUCAUAGUUUAGCCCACAUGUACACCCUGAGUCAGCUUGCUAUGAAAGCUGCAGAAAUGAUCCGGAGAAAUUUCUAUAAAGUCAUUCAGGAUGAAGAAUUUUAUACUUUACCUUUCCAUCUCAUUCGAGACUGGCUUUCGGAUUUGGAAAUUACCGUGGAUUCUGAAGAAGUUCUUUUUGAAACGGUUUUGAAGUGGGUUCAGAGAAAUGCUGAAGACAGAGAGAGAUACUUUGAAGAACUUUUUAAAUUGCUCAGGUUGUCCCAGAUGAAACCCACCUACCUUACACGGCAUGUCAAACCAGAGCGUCUGGUGGCCAAUAAUGAAGUUUGUGUCAAGCUGGUGGCUGAUGCAGUGGAGAGGCAUGCACUCAGAGCAGAGAACAUACAGUCUGGCACACUCCAGCAUCCCGCAUCCCAUGUCUCACUCUUACCUCGCUACGGACAAAACAUGGACGUAAUCAUGGUUAUUGGAGGUGUGUCAGAAGGAGGAGACUAUUUAAGUGAGUGUGUGGGAUAUUUUGUUGACGAGGACAGAUGGGUCAAUCUGCCCCACAUUCAUAAUCACCUUGAUGGACAUGCUGUUGCAGUAACAGAAUCUUAUGUGUAUGUUGCUGGCUCGAUGGAACCAGGCUUUGCUAAGACUGUGGAAAGGUACAACCCAAACUUGAAUACAUGGGAACACGUUUGUAGUCUGAUGACGAGAAAGCAUUCUUUUGGGCUAACAGAAGUCAAAGGGAAGCUGUAUAGCAUUGGAGGACAUGGCAAUUUUAGCCCCGGCUUUAAAGAUGUGACUGUUUACAAUCCCGAGCUUGAUAAAUGGCACAACUUAGAAUCGGCACCAAAGAUUCUUCGCGAUGUCAAGGCACUAGCUAUUGAAGACCGGUAUGUGUACAUUGCUGCCCGCACUCCUGUGGACCGGGACACCGAGGAUGGAUUGAAGGCUGUAAUUACUUGUUAUGAUACAGAGACUCGACAGUGGAAAGAUGUAGAAUCUUUACCACUUAUUGACAAUUACUGUUUUUUCCAGAUGUCUGUGGUCAAUUCAAACUUUUAUCAGACAGCAUCUUGCUGUCCCAAGAGUUAUUCUUUAGAAAACGAAGAGGCAGUAAGAAAAAUUGCCGGUCAGGUGUCUGAUGAAAUCCUUGAAAGCUUGCCUCCAGAAGUCCUGAGCAUUGAAGGAGCAGCCAUUUGCUAUUAUAAAGAUGAUGUCUUCAUUAUUGGAGGCUGGAAAAACAGCGAUGAUAUUGACAAACAGUAUCGGAAAGAGGCCUACCGAUACUGUGCUGAGAGAAAGAGGUGGAUGCUCCUUCCUCCCAUGCCUCAGCCCCGUUGUAGAGCCACCGCUUGUCACGUUAGGAUCCCCUACCGGUAUCUGCAUGGCACACAGAGAUACCCUAUGCCUCAAAAUUUAAUGUGGCAGAAGGACCGCAUCAGACAGAUGCAAGAGAUACACCGGCACGCCCUGAACAUGCGGAGAGUGCCAAGUUCCCAAAUUGAAUGCUAAACAUGCCGACGUGCGCAGCUGGAAACUGUUCUCCCCAUCCCAUGGGGCUGGAGAUGCCUGGACUGUUACUUGGAAAAGUAUGUCAAUAACUUAUUUUCUACUUGGACUUACUCCCUAUAACGGAAGAUAGUUAAAAAAAGCAAACAGGAAACUCAGUUUAGUGUGGUAAUUUUGUUAACUUCCAGUCCUGUCUUUAGUUUGUAUGCUGGCAAAUAAGAUCUUAUUAAAGAGAAUGGGGGAAAGCGAGUCUAGGUAUUUGGCCUUUUUUCUGCCAACAACUGUAACUCCUUUGUUUUAGGGACCUAAUAUUUGGGGCUUUAAGCACCAGCAUUAUUUGCACAUUUACUUUGAUAUUCCUUUACAUUUUGUGUAGAUUGUUUGUUUUCAGUGAUAUCAAUUUAUGCAUUAAGUUCUCAUCUGCAGGAGGCAUGUGCAAUAGUGAGACUGGAUCUGAAGAUAAAAGCACAAUGUUUCAGCAAGAUUGAUCUCAGAAUGUUGGUGCUCACGUUUGUUUUAUGUGUUUAUAAAUGCUGUUUUUGUUCCUUGGAAAGAGUGACCAAUGAGAAGUUUGUGAUUGGCACAUCAUCUGGCUUUUAUUUCUGCCGCAGCUAUUUAUAGACUGGAAGCCAUCAUUCUGAGAUGAGAAUUGGGGAGGUAUUAGUAUUUAGCUGAUUUUACUAGAGAGGAAGUUACAUAGGUGAAGUUUGUUUCUCUAAGAAAAGUGUUCAGUGUUGCUGAGAAAGCAAGUGAACAACAUUUUGAAACACUUUGAAGGGUUGUGACUGAGCUGAGGAGUUUGCAGCAUGCCCGUGACAAUCACACGUGAUGCCUUCAGUUCAUUUUUUGCUCCAUUGAAUAUUAUAUAGGCUCUUUAUCAGUUCUUUCCACAAGAAAAACUUUCAAAAUGGCAAGGAAAGUAAGAGUUUAGAAAAUACUCCUCUAAGAGAAGCCAUGUUAUUUCUGGCCCUUAAUUGCCAUAAUAUUGUACUGGAUUACCCUAGACUUUUAUUGGAAUUUAGAGCCUAGAAUACCAAACCUGAGUACAUAGUUUUGGCUUUUAAAUAUUUAAGGUUUUCACAUAACACAUUUAAUAGAAAAAUGUCAAAAGGUUAAAUAAUCAGUUCAAUGACUGUCAUCUUUCAGAAAAGGUUUUUAAUCUAUACAUAUUUUUAUUACUCUCCCUAAAGUAGUCUUAGUUUUUUGAGACAGGGUCUCUCUAUUUAGCCGUGGCUGGCCUGGAGCUCACUAGGGUAGACUAGGCUUUGACCGUACAUAGAUCCUGAGGGGAAAGCUUCCAAUAAUAAGCUACAAUGAUACUGUACAUUCACAUUCCUCUAACUGUUCACAUUUAUUAACAUUUUCUUGAGCUGUUAUUUUAGAGCUCUCAUAUUCAAGAUCUAUAAUUCUCAGUUGCUUUAGGUAUAUCCUUGAGUCCCAUUCUCUUAGUGUCUGCAUAUUCUUUGUUUGCUGAUUUUAUCACCUAUUUCUGUGUAUGGUAUUGAGGGUUAGCUCUUUUCUUUAGUGUCUAUUGAGCCUUGUAUUGGUAUCAUUGCUUUUGUACUAUUUUUGAUAAUAAAUCCCUGCUCGGUACUUAAAUUUUUUUUUGUUCAUCUGUAGACAGAGUAUAUAGUUUCCCAUUUUUCUUUAAGGAUCUGGAUCUAAUUUGUACUUAAUUUCUGAACUCCCUUGUGCAGGACUUUAGUCUUGGAGUGCUCAGCCUUAGGCUUUUGUGAGUAAUCCUGUUCUUGGUGGAACAUUGUACAACUUCUCUUGGUGAAUCCUACCAUCAAAGAAACAUUAUUUCUCUUUUGGAUUUUUGUUUUAAUGCAAAUCUCAAAUUGCAGAGAUUUCCCCAGAUCUGCUGAUUUUAUUUUACCUUUGAUUUUUUUUUUGUUGUUGUUUUUUGUUUGUUUGUUUGUUUUUUGUUUUGUUUUCUUGAUAGUCUUCUAUGUAGUGUUGGCUGACCUGGAAGUCUCUAUGUAGACCAGGCUGGCCUGAACUCAUGGAGAUCUACCUUCCUCUGCCUGGGGUUAAAGGCCAUGUCCCACCCACUAUGCUGGGCUUGACGGCUCUGUAGCACAUUAAUUUUAUUUUCCACUUCUUCAGUUUCUUUUGUAAGUUCAUGGUGUUAAGUCAUUAGGGUCUUUCAUGGCAUUUCCUUCUUUUCUGUCCUAAUAUUGUCUGUACAUUUUGUUUUCCUUUGAAGCCUUCUUUCACCUGGUCUGUUUCAUGAGCCCCCUUGACUUGCAGCACAGCACCAGUGAUGGAUCUGGACUUCCCAAACCUCUGUACUCUGUACUCAGAGAUUCUCUGAAAGAGCUGUUUUGUCUAUAAGCUGCUGGAUAUUGGUUCCCCAUCCUUGUAGAUUUGCUGUCUUAAGCAUGGUCAGCAGCAUCAGUGCCACUGUGCUUCAGCGCCUCUGGCACUUGUGAUUAUGUUUGUCAUUCCUUCCAACCUAAUUCCUUUCACUCCCAUCACUUCUUUCUAAACACUGUUGUGCUGGAUUGGCUUUGAGAAUAUAUGAAUGUUUUUCAUAUUCAGGAAGAAUUUCCCUAUUGAUUUAACAUUGACAAGUCAAUUGUAGUCAGUCCAAAGACAUCUUGAUUGAUCUGUUGAUUCAUAACUGGUAUAUAAGCAUUCUUUAGUAAAGAUUCAGCUGUGAUCCUCACUGACAGCCAGGGUAAAGCCACUUCUUUUUCUUGCUUCAGUAUUCACUUCAUGUUCAAGGGUUUUUUUUUUUGUUUUGUUUUUUGUUUGUUUGUUUGUUUUAACAAGCUUAGAGAACACAGUUACAUUAAGCAUGCAUAUUUAGAGCAACACUGCUCUCCAGCAGAAUAGAGGAAUGUUCUCUUGACAUUGUAGGGCCUUCAUCAGACCUGUGCAGUCACCACUUCUGAGUAGUCAUACCCACAAGCAAUAUAUAAAGCAGUUAGGAGUGCGGAUAAUUCUCAAGGUGGCAUCACUAAUAGGUCCCAUCCUCUAAUGGGCUUUGACCUCAAGGAAGUUACAUCAAGGAAUACCCAUUUUUUGAGUUUCUAUCCACUCCUGGGCUUUAUGCAAGUUAGUAUUCAGGCUAAAUCUCUCAACACUCACUUAGCAUAGAUUCCUGUUCAGUGGGCUAGAGAGGUGGAUCAUCAGGAAAGCACAUUUGCCUUUUUCUCACUGAGUUUGGUUCCCACAUCCACUUCAGGCAGCUCACAGCCUCUAUAACUCCGCCUUCAGGGGAUCUAAUACCCAUGGCCCCCGUGGGCACCCGCAUUCAUUCACAUGGACAUAUCCACAAGCAGACACAAACAUCUAAUUAAUUAAAAAUUGGGUAUGGAAGUGCUCACCUGUGAGCGGAGCAUUUGGGAAGCAAAGGCAAGAAGAUCAGGAGUUCUGAGCCAGUCUAGUUAGUAUACAUGUGAGACCCUGCCUCAAACUAACCAACAACAGAAGGGUAACUAAUCAUAGAGUACAUAAAUAAUAUAAAAUAAGACUCUUGAUGGUUUGUAUUGUAAAUCCGAUUUUAAAUUUAAGAAUGUCUUCACCUCCUUCUCUCAUUCUGGAAAAGUCCAAGAAGAGUGAUCUAGACUUCCCCGAUUGUACUAGAGUUAACUUUAUUAUGUGAUAAAAUAACAGAAGCACAACCAGAAAUUUAAGCCAUUUGCUUAAUGUUCUUGGAUUCUGUACUGAUAAUAUUCUUGAAGUGUCUAAAUUAGUGUUCUUGUCCAGGACAAGGGUUAAUAGCUAUGUUGGAAAUGUGCUUUAAAGCCAUUUAACUUAAACUGAAGUGAGUCUGGGAAACCACAAGUCCUUUCCGCAUAAAGGAUCUAUUAUCCUCCCCCUUUCCCUUAACUUUUUCUCAGUUUCCAUCCUUUGGGUUUCUUUAGGUUGGUGUGUUUUACAGUGCUGGGAACUGAACGCAGGGCCUUGCACACGCUAGGGAAAUACUCUGCCAACUGGGUUGCUUCCCAGCCCUCUUUGUGGUUACCUUCAUAACAUAAAUAAGCCUUUGGAUUCUGAGAAGCAUUCCUUAGUUAUAAGAGGUCUGUGCACUGAAGGAAGCUUGCCUUUAUCUCUAAUUUUACAAGCAAAUCAUUUAAUAUUUCAUCAGGAUGCCAGCUUUCUCCAGAAGAAUGUCAUAUUUUGAUUUUUGACUUUUUGGUCCCAGAAUUGUAUUUUGGGGCUGUCAUCACCAAGUUGUUAAUAGGGCCAUCUUUUUGUCUUUUUUUUUCCCCCUUUAUUUUUUGGCAGACAAUAUAACUCCUAAGGUUUAGGUAUAAUCUGGUUUUAAAAACUUGAUUGAAACCACUGUUUUUUUGACUCAGCAGGCAGCCUAGACCCUGGCUGAAUGAAGGGGUAAGUCCUUCCUUGCAUGAUGGUGUGCAGGUUUUCCUGACUACCAAGUUUCUAAUGUUCAUAUGUGAAUUCACGUGUGUGGCUUCACCACCAUAACUUGUGUCUCCUAAAUACUCUAACUAACUUGUUAGGAAGGGAAGAAACCAGAUUUGCUUAAAUCUGUUCAAGGCUGACAUUCUGAAAAUUUAAACUGGACAUAACAGUAUUUAUAAUAAUAAUUGUGCAGGUCUAAUAUAGCUCUUUGUGAAAGUUAUAAACAUAGCUUUUUUAAAAAACUUAAAUGUAUUCAAGUGAACCUUUGUUUUGUUUUUAUUUUUCUAUGUUGGAAAGAACUCGAUUAUACCAAAAAAGGUACGACUGUCCAUUACUUGGAGUAAGGCUACUUCCACAUCAUAAUGGGCCCUUCCUGUCUACCUUUUAGGUUGAGAAUGUCAGUCGUGAGCUUAGGGUUUAAGCGAUCAUCGCUUGCAUGAUUAGUCUUGUGUAUCCCGACAGCUUUGCUUUUUUGUGCCAGUUCAAAGUAAGAUUUUUGUUAAGAACACUUAAAAUUAACUGACAUCAGUUUUGUUUUGGUUACCUGGUUGUGUGUAGUAUUUCUGGGACCAAAAAUUCUUUUAAACUACUGAGCUAUUAAAAUACAGACGCUCGGUCUGAAGCCAGAGAGCGCCUUUGUGUUCAGCCCUGUCAUAGCUGGUAGGCAGGUUCUUGUGCACACUUUCCUCUCUGACUGUAGCAUGUGGUGUGUUUGAAAUACUUCCUUUUCUGCUUCCUGAUUCAAGUGUCAACACUAUAAGUAGACUGGAGCUGUGUUACAUAUUUUAGCUACUUGGUCUAAUAAAGUAUACAGGACCUCUUUCUGGUACCUUCUGAGCUAAGCUUACGUGCAAAGGGCAUGUUAACACAUUUCGUGUCUUUGAACAUAUAUGGUGUUGUGAAGCAUUCGUCUACACUAGAGAAAUGCGGUGCUUCGACCCUAGAAUAUUUGAGCAACAAUUCAGUCUGUUCUCAGCCAUUAAACAUUUUGGCAUGACUCGUCACUCCAUUUGUUAUUUUCUUGAGGAAAGUCCAUUUUGUUGUUAUACUUACAGCACAUGUUCUGGUCAUAAAACCAAACAGUUGUUGAGAGUUGUAAUACAAUGACAGUAACUUUACAAAGUAGUCAUUUGCUGCGAGGACUUUACUUAGCCAAAUCACUGCUCACUGUAACCCUUACAGAGCUUUUGGCUUACUCUGUGACCCUUGCUAGGAGUGUGGUACCUUGAAGCACUUGUUAAUCAGUUACCCCUCCUGCUUCCUGCACCUGUGAAACACAGUACUAGGUGUUUGAAGAUUUUACCAUCCAUGGGCUGGGGCUAAGUUGUGUUAUUUGUAAAAUAAGUAUUUAGUUUAAAAACAGUUUUCUUGGCUUAGUGGCACCCAAGCCCCUAUGCAAGAUAGAAUCUUGGUUAUCUCCCUUCAGAUUAGAGGAGAUGUAGUAUUUAGAACACUCUGAGAUAUUAUGUUUAUGUUCCUGAAGCUAUCUUGCUCGUGUUCAAGUUACUAAUUGUCCAAAUGUAAGUUUUCAAUAAACAUAUUUCUGUAGA